GGCUGGACCAUCCUGGAUGAUCAGAGCUGAGCUGAGCUGCUGCGGGUAUGUAGAAGUGGGACAGAUAAGACCCGCCGACUGCUCCAUCCAGUCUGGGCAGAUCAAUGUGACAGUACUAAGUAAAUAAAGUCAAGUCAAGAAGAAUCCAAAAUGGCCCCCGCCCCCAUCGACCCGAGCAUCACCGACGUCGCGGAACCCCGAAAGGACACCCUCAACCUCCCCCCGGGCACGCGAGAACGCCUCGAAAAAGCCGGAAUCGACUUCUCGAAUGGAUACCCCUACCGCCCCUCGCGUCCGCUAUACCUCGAUGACGUCUACGGGAUCCGCAACUACGACCGGGCACACGUCGAUCCGGGCUCGCGCGCGGAUCCCGAGAAGAAGGCCCUGCUUUCGGCAGCGAAGGAGGUUAUUCAUUUAACCAAGCAUAUCGGGACGGAGAUUGUAGGACUGCAGUUGAAGGAUCUGUCGGAUCAGCAGAGGGAUGAGCUUGGUUUGUUGAUUGCCGAGCGGAGUGUGGUCUUCUUUCGCGAUCAGGAUAUCUCGCCCCAGGAGCAAAAGGAGUUGGGGGAGUGGUUUGGGGAGGUCGAGGUUCAUCCCCAAGUCCCCCAAGUCCCCGGCGUCCCAGGGGUAACCGUAAUCUGGCCCGCCCUGCAAGCAACCGAGAACCCCGCCGGUUUCCGCCGCCCCGGAGGCGCCUCACGCUGGCACACCGACCUCGUGCACGAACGCCAACCGGCGGGAGUAACCCACCUGCACAACGACACGGUCCCGACCCUCGGCGGCGACACGCUGUGGGCCAGCGGGUACGCCGCGUACGAGAAACUCUCGCCGGCCUUCCGGAAGAUCAUCGACGGGCGGACGGCCAUCUAUCGCUCCGCGCACCCGUAUCUCGACCGGGAGAACCCCUCUGCGGGGCCCAAGUAUGUGGAGCGCGAGCAUCCGAUUGUGCGCGUGCAUCCGGCGACGGGGUGGAAAGCCCUGUGGGUGAAUCGGGCGAUGACGGAUCGGAUUGUCGGGCUUGACAAGGCGGAGAGUGAUUUGAUCUUGGGGUACUUGUAUGAUGUCUAUGAGCGGAGUGUGGACAUUCAGGUGCGGUUCAAGUGGACGCCGCGGACGAGUGCGCUGUGGGAUAACAGAAUCACGAUUCAUAAUGCGAGUUGGGACUAUGAGGGCUCGGAGCCGCGGCAUGGGACAAGGGUGACGUCGCUGGCGGAGAAGCCCUUCUUCGACCCCAAGGCCAAGACGCGGAGAGAGGCGCUGGGGCUGCUGGGUAGUGAUGAAAUUGAGGAGCUGGAGAGGCUGAACCUCACACAGUAGUGUACCUGGUUUGCCUAGACCGACCCAGCUAGCUCACGUAUAGGCAAUAGAUAUGACAUGACGAACAGAGACGAAAGUUUUCUUGGGCAUUGCCGUCAUCUCCAACAGAGAUCUAGGUACAUUGACGCGGACGAUACCACCGCCACUACCACUACUGUCCCCAAUCUCAGUAACCGUCGCACGCCGAACACCCGUCUUGAGGAUCCGAGCGAGCCGCACAACCCGAUCGAAGAACCAUACCGCGAUAGUCGCAUACAGCCACGUCUCGUAGCCAAAUGUAUUCUCGUACCCGAUGUAGACGUGGUACCAGCAGCCUACGACGCAGAUGACGGCCAUGACGAUGUGCGUAGCGAGGAAGAUGAUGUUGAGGAUGACUGUGAUGGCGAUGUAGAUGCUUUGCCGAGGGAAAAGGGGAGCGGGAUGUCGUAGUAGCUGGCGAUGAGGCUGGGGGUGAGGUAGGGUUGGAUGUGGUCGAGGGCCAAAGUCAUGAAGGGGAGGUAGCCCAGCCAGGUGAGGACGAUGGGCAGGGCAAAAGUCGUGGGGCAGAUGUCAGACAAGAGGUUAUACAUGCCCAGAAUACGACUCGAGCGCGGUGUCACGAGAAAAGUGAUACAGCAUCACCCAGGUCGCCUCCCAGUUCUCCUCGGUUGUCAGCAUCGGCUGGUCCAGCACCAGCUCCAUCGUCGUCGCCAACGCGACUCUGGUGCUAAUAAAAAUCUACCAUAGAGCAAAGGGUCAAUAUAUCAAUCAAAGGUCUAGUGCAGCCAACUCUGGCCAAGUCACUGGUUACAUGAGUAUGGUGGAUUCUUUGCAGUGAGGGAGAAGUGGGGGACUUGUUGUGUGUUUAGAAGGUGAGUCUAUAAGGGGGAUGUUGUUGUGCAUGGAGUAAUAAAUGGACAUGGUUAUAGGAGGUUGUUAUUACUUGAAC